AGUCCUCAGGUGAGACGCAAAGGAGGCGGAUCCUCUUACAAAUAAGCGCUUCAAGCUCGAGGAUAGAUUCAGUUCAAGACCUGUGAAGUGGUUGUUUUUCAUCAUGUUGUGGACCGCCGGUCUGAGCCUCCUCUGGGCCCUGUGCGUCCUCGGAGCCCCCGCGAACAAACAGACGAGACAGAAGCUGCUGCUGAUCUCCUUCGACGGCUUCCGCUGGGAUUACGACCGCGACGUGGACACGCCGCACCUCGACAAAAUGGCCGGGGAUGGAGUGAAAGCUCUGUAUGUCACACCUCCUUACCUCACCAUCACCAGCCCUUCACACUUCACCCUCUUGACAGGCCGCUACAUUGAGAACCACGGGGUAAUCCACAACAUGUGGUUCAACACAACCACCACUCAGACGAAGCCGUACUAUCAGACUCAGUUUGUGAAUGAGUGGUGGGACAAUGGCAGUCUGCCUAUCUGGAUCACAGCGCAGAAACAGGGGCUAAAAGCUGGCUCCCUUCAUUUCCCUGGCACAGCUUCCAGUUACCAGGGACAGGUUGCCGAGGUGCGGGAAGUGGAGCCCUUGCUCUACAACUACAAAAACGAGACUGCAUGGAGGAUGAAUUCUGACAAGGUCAUGGGCUGGUUCAGAGACCAGAAUCUGGAUUUUGUAUCCCUGUACUUUGGCGAGCCAGACGGCACAGGUCACAGAUACGGCCCCGACUCUCCGGAACGUCGGGAGAUGGUGAGGCAAGUGGACCGCACGGUGGGAUACAUCCGACACUCGGCUGAGCGACACGGGCUGAGCGACCGCCUGAACAUCAUCAUCACAGACCACGGCAUGACUUCGGUGUACCGCAACGGUCUGGUGGAAGAAAUCACCCUGUUCAAAAUACCCGGCUUCUCUUUCGGCGACCUGGCCUUUCACCUGGUGGACUUUGGCCCUUCUGGGAUGCUGCUGCCCAAGCCGGGGAAGCUGGAGAAGGUUUACAACGCCUUGAAGGGUUCCCAUCCACACCUUCAUGUGUACAAGAAGGAGGAGAUGCCAGAGCGUUUCCACUUUGCCAAGAAUGAUCGUAUCCUCCCCAUCGUUUUAUGGGCUGACUCAGGAUAUGUCAUCAACGGGUAUUUUCCAGUUCAGUUUAACAAAGGCGAGCACGGCUUCGACAACCAGGAGCUGGACAUGAAGGCAUUCUUCAGGGCGGCGGGUCCGGCGUUUCACAAGAACCUGGAGGUUGGGCCCUUUGAGACGGUGAAUAUCUACGCCCUGAUGUGCCACAUCCUGAACAUCCGGCCCGAGGUCAACGACGGCCACCUGGACGUCACCAAACACAUGCUGGUUACCAGUCCUAAACCGGGUGAACCUGUGCAUUAUCUGGAGAAACUCUUCACAGGGCUGUCGGCAGUGGGUGGAUUUCUUGCUGUAGUUUUUAUAGCCAUGGUGUCUCACAACAUACUGAAGAGGAAACGCAGGAGUCAAAGAUCGGGGAGUUCAACACAUCUUCCAGAAAACAAAAAUACACAUCAAACUUCAUUCUAAUCUUUGCAAAUUAACACUUCAGUGAGAUCAAGACACAGCUGUGUGUGAGGAAAUGAACCCCUGUGUGAAGAGCACGAGGAACCAAAAAAACACAACACUGGACACAAAUGAACAGAACACACAAGUAGGCCUUACAAUAAAGAAGUUUGUGUUUGUGUUUUUUCACUGUGUUUAAUCAUGAAGGUUGUAAAGUGUCUACUCCAGUGUGUGAGGGAUCACAUUGUACAUGUUGUAAUUAAUUGUUUCAAAGAAAAUUCUUAUUUUGAAAAUCCUAUACCCUUAUGUUUAUGUGACAGAUGACUUUCCUGAAUAUAACUUUCCUGAAUAUGAGCGUCUAUGAUAAAGAGUAAAAGAUGUAACUACUUAUUUGUAAUUAUAUCUCACGCAGAAAACUUAAUUAGGCUCCUGUGUAACAAGAAAAACAGGAUGUAUGACACAAAUAGGCUAAUUAGAAUAAUAAGUCCAGCAGGAAAUAGCCUAACUUUAAGAAAAUGUAUAUAAAAAUAAAAACAUUAAAUGCAUUAGUCUCUACUCUAAUGUGUUUUUUUUAAGUCUUAUUUGAGUGGAAAUGUGAUAACUUUAUCCCAUGGUUGUAAUUAUUUUGAUGUCUCUUCUUUGAGGUUAUAAUCAGGUUACAACCACAGACUGAAAAUAUGAACUGCAACAAAUAAACAUGUAACGCUUAGAGGACGGUGGCUGCUGAGGGACAUAUUUCAGCAACCCCAUUCACAAUUGCCCGCCUCUCGUCGAGUAAAAAGCGUCAAGUUAAGCACCAUGGUACUGAACUUCCGGUAGUGGCUUUCAGAAUAAAGUAAUGCCUGUUGCUCUAAA